AUGAAUCCACGUCAUAUUUCUAAACUACCGGACUACAUCUGGGAUUAUAAUGGCUACGGUUACCACACUUCAGUUGUCUUGAUGGACAAAGGAAUAUCAAUGGCGAUGGAACGUAUCCUCACAGUCUACACAAUCAUUGAUUUUUCUGGAAACAGAAUCCACGGAAAAGUCCCUGAAUCCAUAGGUAUGUUGAAGGAACUCCAUGUUCUGAAUCUGUCAAGAAACGCUUUCACGGGACACAUCCUGUAA